CCAAUACAUAUAAAGUAUUUAUUAAAUAUAAAAUUAAUCUGAACAAAACAUAAAACGUACUUUAAGUUAUGUAUGCGCGUUCAGGUACUCGUUGCCAUACGGGUUAGGUAUUUAGAAUUACGGUUUUAAUUUAUAUCACAUCUUAGAUUUCAUUUGUUAAAUUUGUAAGUACAUAUCAAGUUCGGACAUAACACAUGGAUUUCAUUUCUAAAUUAUAUCACAUCUAAAAUUCAUAAAGUAAUCAUAUAUUGUUCCAAUUUAUGUUAUAUGGACUCGGUUCGGAUAUAUCUGAAGUUAAAUCCAAAAUUAAAAAAAGCAAAACAUAAGAAAUAAACUUAUUUAUAUAGGAUUGGAUAUUUAAGGUACUUAUUGAAGAUUUAAGUACUUAUUUUAUAUAUAAUUUUAAAUAAAUAUAGAAUUGAGUACUUUAAGUACAUAUUUAUGUUUCAUAUAUUUAUAUUUGCAAUUAAUUUGGAUUUUGGGUAGAUUUUUGGAUUUUUUGUCUUUUCAGAUUGUCCGUUCAGGUUCGAUUGUGGCUAUGUGGUGUACCACACUAGAAGACUUAUUCUGUGAUUUCGGUACAAAUUUUGAGUUACAGAUUUUAUGCGCAUACCUACUCUAAACGAAAAAAAAAAGUGUUUAUAUAAAAAUUAUACCAAAAUUUUUUUCCGCGUUUAGCAUUGAUGAAAAUUUAUUAGCGAUAGACACAUCAAAAACAUUUAAAAGAUAUGACCAUAUUUUUAUGCAUAAAUCUAGGUCUCGCAAAAUUCAGCCUUUCUAUUUUUCAAAUCAUAAGGGAGUCCAGCUAAAAAUUACAACCCCAAUCUGUACUAUCAAUGCAUCAUGAUUCAUCACCAUACCAGGAAUUGGAUUAAAUUCGAUCCCAUAUUUAAUUUUCUAUAAAAUAUGAAGGUCGAUUAUAUAUGCAAAAUAAAUCAACUUUUAACUUACAAAACACACUAUUAGUACUUGAUUAGGAGUUAUUAUACGGCAACAAUAAUAUCAAUUAUUAAGCAACUAAAUAAUAUUUGAAAAUUAGAAAUUAUUAAAAUAAAUUAGUUGAUUGUUUUAUAUAAAACUGCAUAUAUGUCUCUGUACAUACACGCAGUUCGCUUUCUUAUGAAGUCGGUAAUGCGAUUUUAGAUGAUUUUUUUGAUGGCUACAUAUAUUACAAAAAGUUAUGUAUAAAUGACGUUUGAUCUAAACUAUAGUUACAAAACAAAAGAAAGAAAAGGCUUCAUGGCAGAUUAGACACCACCCAAUAAAAUAUUGGUUUUAGUUGUUAAAUUUUUUGAAGGUUAUAUAUAUAGAAUAGGCCUCUAAAUUAUUUUGACCUUUUUUUAAAGUUCAUUAUAAAUAUCUAUACUUUCCAAAUUUUUAGAUACGGUCUUGAAAAACUCAACAUUGUAUUUUGAUGAAGAGUGAAUGAACGGUAAAACCGAUUCGAUACUGUAGAACGCGCCAUCUGAAAGGUGCCAGCGUAUACCUUCUGAGUAUUAUUUAUAUCAAAUGCGACCGAUUUGAUACUGUUGCAUAACAGUUGUGAAACGUCAGGAAUAAGCACGCGUCCAAAAUGUUUGGUCUGGAUUUGGUUAGGUAAAGUAUAGUUAAUAUUGAAAAAUUGUAUAUUUUAAAAAAACAUUAAUUAAAAAUAUUUGAAUUGGUUAAAUACUAUUAAUUAAUAUUUAUUGGAAAAUGUAUAAUAAAAUAAAUAAUAAAAUUAAUUAUAAUAAUUAAUUAUAUUUUUAAUAUGCGUGAAUAUUCUAAAAAUCAUUAUUUCGGAAACAGAAAAAGUAAUAGUUAAUAUGCUAUAUUAUAAUUUUUUAUCAUAAUCGUCCACUUAGCGCCUAACGUUUUUUUAGACAUUGAUUUUACGCUGGAUGAAGCAUAUAAUUUACAUAAAUAGAUUACUAAAUUUUGUGACCCAAUGGCAAUAAUGCUCAUUAAAUAGUGGGUUGAAAAGAGAUAGAAGAAAUAGACACAAUAAUGUGUAUUUUGGCAUGGAUAUCUUCUAAAUUAUGCUGUGCCGACUACCUACAUUAAAUAGCGAUCGAGAAUUUGAUUACCAUUGAAAAGUAACAUUUAUAUAACUUGACCGUCAAAUGAUGGAUCAAAGAAACAGUAGAAACCAUACUUUUACUAUCACGUUCACUAUAUAAAACCAAGGCGAGGAGAAGUGUUAUUUCAUCAACCAAAACAAACAAAAAAGAGUCGAAGCUUUAAAACGAGAGAGAGAAAUGGCGACGUCGGGAACAUACGUGACGGAGGUUCCAUUGAAAGGGACGAUGGAGAAACACUACAAGAGGUGGAGGAGCGAGAACCAUGCCAUCCCGGAAGCCAUUGGUCACCACAUCCAAAAUGUCACCAUUCACGAAGGCGAAUGGGACUCUCACGGGGCCAUCAAGACUUGGGACUACACAUGCGAUGGGAAGCCGGAGGUGCUCAAGGAAAGGACAGAGAUAGACGAUGAGAAGAAAACGGUAACGUUUAGAGGACUUGAAGGUCACUUCAUGGAACAACUCAAGGUGUAUGACGUCAUCUUUGAAUUUAUUCCGAAGUUGGAGGAUGGCUGCGUCUGCAAAAUCACUAUGAUAUGGGAGAAGCGUAACGAUGAGUUCCCCGAGCCAAGCAACUACAUGAAAGUCGUCAAGAGCAUGGUUGCUGACAUGGAAGACCAUGUUCUCAAAGCUUAAUCAUCAUCAUCGCCAUCACAAUCCACCAUCACCAAUUCACCAUCACAAUCACCGUCACCAUGAUCAAUAUCAUCUCCACCUUAUUAAGAUGCUUUUCAAUUCAAUAAAUGGGGUCUUGCUGAGUUUAUUUCUUUGUAAGACCAUGAUCUGAUAUGUUCUUGUGGUCAUCGACCGGUUUGAUAUGUUAUGCUUUGAUAUAUGCUCUUGUUUACUUAUCAAUAUAUUCCAGUGUUAUUAAGUGUGUCA